UCUUCUUCCGGGUUUUAUGUUUUUGUUUACUCGAUAGGCAUCAGUGAGGGAUUUAAUCAUGGCUGCAGUGGACACUUUUCCAUUGCUAUAUCGAGAAGUCUCAAGAUCUUGCAGUUGUUACGUAGAAACGCUUGCAUUAGUGGGUGCACUCUAUACAGCAAGUAAAGCUGUUACACUGAUGAAGGACUUCUGUAGUCUGAUAAAGCUUCACUUCAUCCCACGUCUUGUUUACCCUGGAGAUCUCGUGCACAGAUAUGGAAAAUGGGCCAUUAUCAGUGGUGCAUCAGAGGUGAUACCUAAAGCGUAUGCUGAGGAGCUGGCCAGGCAUGGUGUAUGCAUCAUCUUCAUUACAUCAGACAGCACUGGUCUAAAUGACACUGCCAGGACCAUCUCUGAUAUGCAUGGAGUAGAGGCUGUCCUGGUAGAGGCAGAUUUCAGCCACGGUGCCUUGACUUGCAAGCCCAUUAAAGACGUAAUCAAGGACAAAGAAAUCGGGUUUGUCAUAAACUGCCUGAAUUUGUCGCUGGAAGCCCCCAGAGACUUCCAUGACAUAUCUGAGAGCGAGUUGUGGCAGUUUGUAAACAACAGCAUAUCUUCUGCAUCGCUGAUCACCCGCCUGGCUCUACCAGGCAUGGCCGAGAGGCACAGAGGUGUAGUUGUUAACAUUUCAUCAGGAAUGUGUUUCAGACCCUGUGCACGGAAGGCUGCUUUCUCUGCAACGACAGCUUUCUUUGACCACUUCAGUCGUGCUCUGCAUUAUGAAUACGGCCAUCGUGGAGUGUUUGUGCAGAGUUUGCGUCCAGGCUCUGUGGCCUCCAGUGGAGACGUUGGAAGUAUCGUCACUGGUUGGUUGUUUCCGCAGCCACAUGUUUACGCCAGGCAUGCUUUGUCCACUCUGGGCAUCUCACACAGAACCACAGGAUACUGGCCUCACACGCUACAGCUUGGACUUUUACGGUGUGUGCCAGAGUGGAUGUGGGUCCUGAGAGAGAGAGUGAUGUGUAGGACCACCUAAAAGCUUAGACUAUAAAUGUAUAGCGUUGCAAUGUUUAACAGCAUAUAAAUACAGGACGUGACUAGCUUUCGUAGCUUUAGUAAUUUGUCUAUAAGUGCGAUACACAUGGUAUGCAACGUUUUGUGAAGAACUUUUCCAUGAUCUCUGUUGUGUUAUAAACAACAGGAAGAGUAACUAAUAUUCUAUAUACAUCAGUGUCUCUGGUGUUUUGUGUGUACUGGAUAUAUAAAAUAAAUGGAUUUAUUUAUAUAUUAUUGUAAUAGCUAUGUAUUUUACAUGCUUGUGUUCAGAAAUUCUCAAUAAAGUGUUACUAAACGUGAAAACAUACCUGGCAAUAAAGCUCUUUCUGAUUCUAAUUCUAAA